AUUUCCCAUAAGGCGUUAGGAAGGUUGACGUCAUCAUCCUGCGCAGAGCUGAGGUGGCGUUUGUAAGGAGGCUCGUCGUUACUCAGACUUCCAUCAUGACUAAACUCCUUCAGUGGCUGCUUGGAGUCUCGCUUCUGGGUAUCAUAUGGGCUGUGAUCGCUUUCGACCUGCUGGAGCUGAGCGUCCCCGGGACCUACAGGGAGGUGGCCUGGCCCAUGCCCCUCUACCUGCUGGUUUCAUUCGGCUGCUACUCCCUGGCCACCGUUGGCUACCGGGUGGCCACCUUUAACGACUGCGAUGAGGCGGCCAGAGAACUUCAAGAGCAGAUCAAAGAAGCAAAAGAGGACCUGAGGAAAAAGGGGUUAAAGUUAUAAAACACAUAUUGAAACUGUGGAGACUGAAAAAGGGGGAAGAAAAGGAGGGUCCUUGUCACGUCAUGUUUUUCUUGGCAGAAAGUUAGUUUAAAGUCACUGGAUUAAACUCACUUCCAAUAUUGUUUUUCCAAUAGUUCUUCUAUUUUGUUUUAAAUAUUUAUUUUAUUAGGAUAAAUCUAUUCCCCCUGAGACCAGGCAACCUUAACAGAUUUAUUUGGAAUUUUUUCCAUUUGCAUUUUUGCGCUUGCAGUGAUUUGGGCCAAUACUGAUUCAGUAUUACUUGUUGUUUUUUUUUCUCCUGUUUCACUUUUCAAAAACUUCAAAAAAAAUAAUACUAACAAGUUUUUUUUAGGACUGUAAAAUACAAAAGGAAAAUAGUGUGUUAUGAAUUUUCUUUUCCAUGUUUUAAAUAAUAUUCUGCUCUGAUUUGUUUUUGUUUCUGUGAUUUGGGUUAUGCAGUUUUGUGGAUUUUUUUUAUUAGCACUAUAAAAGAUCAAUAUCUGUAAGAUAA